CAAGUCCAGUCCUCUCUGUCUGUCUUUUUUCUUUUUCUGUCUCUCUGUCAUCCUGUCGGUGGCUGGCCAGGCUCCGCUCCUCUCCUCUGCGUCCUGCUCUCCACCUGGCCUCCAUGAGUUUAACUGAGGAUAAGCCAUUCCUCCCUGGAAGAUGGGAAAUGCUUCAGACACAUCUGCUGCAUUUGAAUCCACCAUCUCCAAGGAGCACGACAUCUUCAUGGGUUCACUGUACAGCAUCUUUUGUUUACUGUCCCUCAUGGGAAACUGCAUUCUGCUACUUGUUGCAUAUCACAAGCGGUCAACCUUGAAGCCAGCUGAGUUCUUCAUCAUCAAUCUCUCCAUCAGUGACCUUGGGAUGACACUCUCUUUAUUCCCUCUGGCGAUACCAUCAGCCUUUUCACACAGGUGGCUGUUCGGGGAAUUCACCUGUCAGGUCUAUGCUAUGUGUGGAGUACUGUUUGGUCUUAGCAGCCUGACAAACCUCACAGCCCUCUCCUUAGUGUGCUGCCUUAAAGUCUGCUUCCCACACUACGGUAACAAGUUCUCCUCAACGCACGCACGCCUCCUGAUCGUUGGAGUCUGGUGUUAUGCGUCUGUUUUCGCUGUGGGGCCCCUGACACAGUGGGGACACUACAGUCCUGAACCCUACGGCACGGCCUGCUGCAUUGACUGGCAUGCUCCCAACCACAAGCUUUCAGCAUUGUCUUACAUCGUCUGCCUUUUCGUCUUUUGCUACGUACUGCCCUGCACCGUCAUCUUCGUCUCCUACACGUUCAUCCUGCUGACAGUGCGAGGCUCGCGUCAGGCCGUCCAGCAGCAUGUGUCACCACAGACCAAGACCAGCAACGCACACGCUCUCAUUGUCAAGCUGUCAGUAGCAGUGUGUAUUGGCUUCCUGGGUGCAUGGAGCCCAUAUGCAGCUGUGGCCAUGUGGGCUGCAUUCGGAGACGCCACGCUUGUUCCUCCCGAAGCGUUCGCCCUCGCUGCUGUGUUCGCCAAAUCUUCUACCAUCUACAACCCCGUGGUCUACCUGCUGUGUAAGCCAAACUUUCGGGAGUGUCUCUACAAAGACACGACCAUGUUACGACAGAGGAUCUACAGGGGGAGCCCGCAGUCUGAUCCCAAAGAACACUUUGGAUCGCAGCGCAAUAAGGACACGAGCAUCUCCACACGCUUCUCAAAUGGACAGCAGGAGAGCUAUGGGGCGUGUCUGCACUGCUCUGAGAACACAGGGAUGUGUCAUGUGACCACACCCCAAAGGACUGCGUGCAUCCUGACCGGGUCCACCUACAGAGAGGUGACAGUGAACAGGCUCUCAGUCACACGACAGGCUGAUUUGCUCUAGUGGUCCAAUGUCCUUCUUGCAUGAAGCCAAUAAAGACAGGGGCUCAAAAACAGAGACAUCUGAGAAGAUUUACCACAGAAUACUUGAUAUCUACUGCUGAGUCAGCGUGUUUCGCUUUUAAUUUUUUAUGUACAGUUAUUCUGAAGAUGGAUUCUGAAGGAGCAGAAAAUGAGAUCUGAGAACCCCUGCUGGCUUUGAGGUUCAUUAGGCAAAUGUGUGACAUUUCAAAGCUACUCACCAUCUUCUGCACACAGCAGGAAUAUCAUUUUUUUUAUAAGGAUAAAUCUUGUUAACAUCUGACCAGUGCAAACUAAACAUAUUUCAAAGACAGAAAUUGUACCGGAUUGUAAAGGAGAUGGUUCAUGGUCUGUCCUGUGAGUCCUACAGAUUUGUAUGUAACUAAUUAAAAUCCAGUUCUGUUUGGACAUGUGUACCUGAUGUUUGUAUGCUGACAUACUGAUGGUGAAAAUGACAUAAGAGUGGUACCAAACAUAAAAAAUGAAGUAUUCAGUCCCUGUAGGCUUCAGUGCUUUCCUGUACGUUUUGUCCUUGUCACUGCUGGAAUUCAUUCAAACUGAGACAUUCAAUCAAACAGACAGAUGCUCUUUUCAGCAACGAGUCAAAAAAACAACUUGUCUUAGCACCCUGUUCAGGUCUACAGGGGCAGAGCGUUUGAUACUAAAACAACAUUUUGAUCAAAGUAUCACUUUAGUUUAGAGGCUUGUACAUUAUGAGGCAAUACUAACACAACACUGCAGGCAUUUUCCUACUCAAGAAAGAUGGACAAAACUGCAAAAACCGAGUUGGACACUGACCAAAAAAAAAGGGACAACAGUUUAAUUUCACAUUAUAUUAUGGUAACAGCUUUGGAAGAAAUUUGGACUUCAUCCCAGUUAAAGUUGCCCAAAGACUCUCUCUUACGCAGCACGUCUGUCCACUUGACCCCAUUAGUCUAAUCUGAACAAUGGCAUCAUUAGAUUCAUACUAAACCGACCACUCUCUGUAAAGAAAACACAGUGACUAAAUCAUCUAUGAAACCUGUAAAUAUAGGACUAUAUCACAGGACUUUUCGAAAUAGAAAAAUUGUC